AAUAAUUAAAACAUUUUCUCUGCUUACGCUCUCCCAUUUCACACUACUCUUCUUCUCUCGCUGCGCCUAGGACUCGCUUGCCACCACCACCACCAGGCUCAACACUCACCUCCAUUGGCGCUUUCUUCCACCCUCGAAGCUAGGAGCGGGAUGCCUCUCGGGCUAAUUUUAGGAAUUGGAAGGGCAUUUCGAAGGAAGCGAACAUCUUCACUUGACAUUCUAACAUCAAAACGUGCUCCUCGAGAUUACUACAAGGGCAAGAACUGCAAGCCAACCGGUUUUCACACUCGCAAAGGUGGGUAUGUGGUGGUGCCGGAAAAAUUACCAAAGUAUGUAGUUCCUGAUUUGACUGAUUUCAAGCUCAAACCAUAUGUAUCUCAGUGUCCCAGAGAAGUCAAUACCUCUGAGGAUUCUCAGACGACUACAUAAUUUAAUUGAGCAGUUUAGGAUGCUUCGUAGCUGGGGACCUUUUCCGAUGAAGAUGAGUUGGCAGACACUACAUCAUUUUGCUGUUUGGUUUAACAUCUUUUGAACUAUAACAUUGAGUAAAUUUUGUCUGACUAAUAUUUGAUAUUCUGAUUGGAUAGUAACCUAUAAAUUUAAUUCAUAUAUGUAAUGUGAUGAAUGAUUUGGACCAUCAACAUUAUUAAUGAAUUUCUGCUGUCUAUCUCCCAA